CGUGUAACGCGUCAACCAACUUUAUCAGUUAAGUACCUAAUGCGUGUUUUUUCAUGAAGAGCUGUAUAUACCUACCUAUUUCCAAAUGGUAACAUCGAGAGAAACGUAGGAUUGGCAAGGAGUACGACUCUAGAGGACGUGAAAAAUGCAUAAUGCCGUCCCGACUCCACUCAUGCUCCGGAAUCUACCCUUGUAAUGCUACCGAAACCCGACGUGUUACUGUAUUAAAGACUUACCCACUUCGCGCCACGAACACGAUCGAGUUACCUCGGCCGGCCGGUCUGAGACAUUCGUCUCUCUUCUUAAGCCACGCAGUCAUCUGUAGUAUCACCGUGCUACCUAUCUUACAGUCGAAUUAUAAACGAAUAUGAAGAGAGCUAUUAGAUGAAAUACCAGCCAAAAGUUUACUCUUAGCACUGUGAUCAAUGUUUUGACGAUAUCUUGGUCUCAAACUCCAUGUUUACCCAGUAUCUAAAAGCGCUAUCAUCUACUUCUAAUAUCUAAAAAUGGCUUUCCCCAUAGCCGCGGCCGCUGCAGGCAGCGUUGCCCUCGCGGCCUACAUGGACGCUCGCUUUCAUAUAAUGAACGAUUUGGCCCAGGGAAGCAAUAAGCUACGCACCGCUUUGCUGUUAAGGCUCGUCGCCCAGGAAGCCCGAAAGGGAAAGUUGCUCCUCUACCAUACCUUUGAGGAUCGCGCCAACACCCCCAUGGGUGAUCUUACCUUUCUCAUAUUUGAGGAUCGUGAGUGGACCUUUCGUCAAUUCUAUCAGGCCCUACAACCGGUUGGCAAUUGGUUGCUCAAGGAUCUGGGUAUUAAAAAGGGCGAGAUGGUGGCGCUAAAUGGCGUUAACAGCCCCGAGUAUAUUCUGCUCUGGCUCGCCCUUGAGGGAAUUGGUGCCACAGUGGCCUUCAUAAAUUACAAUUUGACAGCCGAAUCUCUUGUUCAUUGCGUCAAGCUUAGUGGUGCUCGGUACAUGCUUGCGGACUCAGACGUCCGCCACCUUAUUUCUCCCGUCGAAGAAGAACUUACCUCAGCCGGCAUCCAGACAGUUUACUACAGCCCUUCAUCUAUAAGCGCUCUCACAGACACAGAGCCGCUUCCCGCCUCGCGCCGCGAAGAUAUAAAGCCCACGGAUAUAGCAUCUCUUAUCUACACAUCCGGCACUACAGGCAAACCCAAAGGCACAGUCGUAACUCGGGCGCGCUACGUGCUCCUAAAGCAAGCCGGAGGCAGACUGGGCCUCAAGCCCGGCGUUAGACUAUACACCUGUCUCCCGCUUUACCAUGCCUCCGCUCAGGGCCUUGCCUGCACCUCAUGUAUUCACACAGGAGGCACGCUAGUCCUAUCGCGCAAGUUUUCCCACAACACGUUCUGGCCCGAGGUCCGCUCGUCGAAAGCCUCGAUUAUCCAAUACGUAGGCGAAUUAUGUAGGUAUCUGCUAAACGCGCCGCCCAACCCUCUCGACACCAAUAAUAACGUCCGGGUGGCAUGGGGCAACGGUCUGCGGCCAGAUAUAUGGGAGACGUUCCGGGAGCGCUUCGGCAUUGAAGUCAUUCAGGAGUUUUACGCCUCGACGGACGGGGUCGGAAUGCUUAGUAACUCGAGCCGGAACGACUACUCACGGGGCGCGAUAGCUAUAAGAGGUCCGCUAUGGCAUUUGAUUAACGGCGGCAGCGAAGCGCGUGUGCGCAUCGAUCCGGACACGCAGGACAUCGUGCGAGACGCAGAAGGCUUCGCAAUCCGGUGCAAGACCAAUGAGCCGGGAGAGACCAUCUAUCGCAUCGAUCCGGUGAAGACUGCAACGCCGGUGUAUCAUGGGAACCCGCAAGCCGGUCAGAAGCGGUUAGUCACGGACGUGUUCAGCAAAGGAGACCUGUGGUUCCGAACGGGCGACGCGAUGCGCAUGGACGCGGAGGGCCGGCUAUUUUUCGUGGACCGCCUUGGCGACACGUUCCGCUGGCACUCGGAGAACGUGUCGACAGCCGAAGUCGGCGACGUCGUAGGUGCAUUCCCGCAAAUUGCCGAGGCGAGCGUGUACGGCGUCCUAGUUCCCAAUGCGGACGGGCGAGCUGGGUGCGCGGCUGUCGUUGCGACGGAGGGGACGUCUAUUAAGGCUGAGGAUAUAGCCAGUGGGAAGGGCUUGGAUCUAAAGGGGCUGGCAGAGCACUGUCUUGCAAAUCUCCCGCGGUAUGCGGUGCCGAUAUUUCUAAGAGUCGUCAAGCAGCUCGAGUACACGGGCACGAUGAAGGUCCAGAAGGGACGUCUGAGGUCUGAAGGGAUCGAUCCGGAGGCCAUUGAGAAGGCAGCGAAGGAGAAUGGGGAAGAAGCCGAUGCAAUUUAUUGGCUGCCUCCUGGUGAGAAGGCAUAUGUUCCGUUCAGGGGUAAGGACUUACAGGAGCUUAAGGGUGGUAAGGUCCAACUUUGAUCGUAUAAUUAUUGUGUUUAUAUUACACUAUGAUCAAGAUUCUUGUAGAAUAAGAUAGAUUUGCCGUUAUUAGGUAUUAGGGCAAUAUCAUAACGUACCUAAGGUAGGUAAUUAGUGGUGUUAGAGAUGAAGUCCUUAAUAGAACGGAACGUUCGGUGGUAAGGCAAAUACUCCAUUCGUUUUAUUAGCUACUUUAGGUACGUAAGGUAUAAGGUAUAAAAGGAUUGUGCAGAUGUUCA